AAGAAAAGAAGCACAGAAUUGAACAAACGUGCUUAGCAGUUUUAGCCUCACGCUGGUGCCUACCCUCGUCCUUGUGAAAGGCACAAUCGCCCACUUCAAGCCAAAAAAGCGGAGUGUGUGAAAAAGGAAAGAGAGAGACAUGGGUUUCGCAGCAGCUAAGCCCAACACCCACACCAUCAGCAGCAACGGCAACAAAGAAAACAGGGGGAUGGGUUUACUCCUCGUGUUCUUCCCUGAGGACCAAAACAAAAUCAGCAAUUCCAUUGAUAACACCACAUCGAGAUUCAUUCGAAGAACAAGUUCCAGCCUCCUUUUCACCAAGGCUCAAUCUACCAUUUCAAUCUGUGCUCUUUUAGUUUUCUUUACUCUUCUCCUCUUCACUCUCUCAACUUUUGAACCCACCAUCCCAACCCCAACUACCACCACCUCCACAAUCAAAAACUCUCGUCGAUUCUUAUCCCAAAAAACCCAACUUUCUUCUUCCUCUUCUUCCUAUCGGUUCUUUCCAAUGUGGGAUUAUCAACCCCCACAUGUCAAGAAAAAGUCUAAUGUUUCUUCCUCUUCAUUUGCUUUACAAGGGAUGGGAAUGUUGUAUAGGCGCGGCACAAAAGCCAUGAACGAUCUUGUAGUUAGCCAUGUUGUUGAAGAUGUAAGUGAAGAGGAGCUCAGGCUGUUCUUACGAGUCUUGCAUAGGUCAGGCGUCACUUCAAAAGCUGACAUUGUUUUCAUUUUUGGGUCGUCUUUGUUAUCCUCAAGAUUUAGCUUUGUUAUUCAGGAAGAGAACGAGUCGUUCUUGAAACUUAUUCAACACUACAAAGAGAUAGAUAGUAAGGGUUCCCGUGGCUCAGUCUUUAGUUUUGACCCGACCCAGUUUUGGAAAUCUGGGAAGAAAGGUGUAGGGGAGCCUAUUUGGGGAAAGAAGAGCCGAGGGAAUUAUAGUAAUUCAACUGAAGCUGAAGGUGAGCCGACUCGGUUGACUUAUGGCUCGGUUGUGGGGUUUGAUGUGAGUGAGUUGGAUCCGGAAAACUCGCUGGCUGGAUUUCUAGAUCACGUUCCAAUGAGUUUGAGAAGAUGGGCUUGUUACCCAAUGUUAUUAGGGAGGGUCAGGCGAAAUUUUAAGCAUAUGAUGUUAUUGGAUGUUAAAAAUUUGAUGUUACUGAGUGACCCACUCGGCCGUGUCAGGAAUCGGAGUCCCGAGUCGGUUUAUCUAUUGACCAAGGAAAACAGCUCCAGCAAGCAUAACAAGAGGAACUCGGAGAAAACCCACUGUCAGGUCAACUCAGCGAUUUUGAUGGGUGGAGCUAGGGGAAUUCGUAGAUUAGCGAACGCAAUGUUGACCGAAAUAGUUAGAGCUACCAUGCAGCAUAAGAAGAAGAAUCCAAUCUCCGAGCCGGGAAUAUUGAGUCAACUCGUGGGCAAUGGGUACAUACUGAAGAAUGUUCACUUGAUCACGUCAACCGAGUCAAUUCAGGAAGCAAGUUCACUCAUGGGUUUGAGCUCCAACUCGGCCGCGGAUUAUUCUGUAAUCCAACGUGGUAAUAGUAAUCGUGAUCUUAAUUCCAUAAUGAUGAAGCUAAUAUGUUUAAGUGAAGUAGAAUCUUCUGUUUAUAGGGAUUGUUAGCAGAACAAAGAAAAAAAAAUAUUAAUUAGUCUUUCUAGAAAAUAAAAAAGAAAUGUAUAAGUUUUGUUCUUUUUUCUUCUGUAUAUUUUUGUUUUUAUUUUUUUUUCCACAAGAUGUUUACAAUAUUUUUUGAUGAUAAAGGAAAGUUCAUGUGAAGUAGA